GUUAGCGCUAAGAAAAUGAUAGCAGAAACAAGAAAACAGGCGUGCAUAAACGUAUUUUUUACGUACAUUGCUAACAACCGGAAAUGAAAUGCAUUGACAUCACCUUGCAGAUCCGUAUAUCUACGGCAAAAAAGCAGUUGAAAUUCGACGAAAAAAAUCUGCGGAAAAACGUUAAAAUCUCAGCUUUUUCGGACAGUAUCGAUGUCGAUAGUAGCGCUUACUUUCGGUCAGAAGUUGAUUUUCAUUUGGGCAUAAAAUUCCACAGGAUUGAUGAAAUUUAACGGGAUUUUUUUUUGAUGGACAUACGACAAUCGCACAUUAUAGAGAGCCUAAAAUAAUGUACUGAAAAACCGGAUAUGAAUUGCGCAUUGCAUUCUAGGUAAUGUAAGGACUUUCCCUAUUGGCAAUCGGGGCUACAACAUGACCGUCUUUGGCCGAAAGAGGGCCAGUGAUCGAUCGGUGACGAUCAUCGGGCGAAAGGAGCUUGUGUAAACAAUCACCCCGGGCGGUCGUUGUAAAAACCGCGUAAAGAGAAAGUUAAGGGUUAGACAGCAAUUUUGACAGCUGGAAACAGGUGGUGGUCAUAAAAUGCUCUCGUUGAAUGUCCAUUCGUAAUAGGUCCAUGACCUUACCCACUGAUUCACUUUCCCCGACUAUUCAGGGAUGUGUGUAUGCAUGUUAUGGGGAUGUAGUGUGUUAUGUGUCUGGUAGUGUUAUCGUACAAAAUAACAACAGUCCAGGAGGUGGACUUCAGUAUCAGCAGCCAGUGGUCGCUCUAGCCGGCUAACCAUCGGCGCAUUGUGCAUGCAGCGUCCGGUGUAAUGAUAUCCACUCUGCUCUCGCUAUGCGUGUAGCAUUCGUCGAUACUGCGCAUGCGCCAUGACGUAUUUAUGAAUAUCCACGAUGUCAUGAAUAUGCAUGAAUCAAACGGCGUUCAAAUAUCAAUUUAUUUUCUAACUCUAGAGGGCGGAAAAAAAAUUUAUAGGUUAACCGAUAUUUCACCCCUCAAUAUCAUGAAAACAGAAGAGUUAUACCAAUUUCUUUUGAGUGAUAAAGUAGAGCAUUGACAUAGAUAUUUAAUGAAAAUAAUAUCUUUACAAUUGAUUCACUGCCCUUGUCUGAGAUUAACCAAUCAUACACUAUACCUUUAAGUUUGCCCAAUACUAUUUAUUGUGACAUCAUAAAAAUGACGAGAUAAUAACGUGAACCAAAAUUUGCAUUUUUACAUUUUUUGCGACAUUUCCUAAUAAUUAUGGCGUGGUGUUGAUCGGAUAUCAAUUUAACGACAUCAUAAUCAGGUCAACGUAAUUACAUUGUCACAACGUUCGUUUGUGGACUAGUUGCCAACGUUUUGCGACUGACGAUAUUGUUGAUAUUGUAUUGAUGUUGGUACAACACUACUUUUGCGACAUCCGUAGGAACUCAAAAUUACAACGUUAGCCAAAUAUUAUACGUUUACACUUUGCUAACCAUUCCCUAUUGUCAACACUGUGACGAUGGUGUGAUAUCGGUUGGAUAUCAAUUUUGUGAUAUUGUGUUUAAAUAUUUACGUUGGCCCGACAUUAUUUCUGUGAUACGUUAACAACAUUUCGUGAACGCCGAUAAGGCCAAUAUUGACGUGAUAUUUUUGGUCUAUAGACGUAUCCAACCACAAGCCUCAGCAUUUAGGGUAUACGCCUUCUUCUUUAAACCCAAUAUGUACAUAUUUGUAUUUUUCAUAACAAAUUGAUUUAUGUAUGAAUUUAUGUUGACGAAAAAUGUAAUGAAAUGGAAGAAAAUAAAUGUUUAUUUGUAUUAAAUGUUACAAUGUAGUUCAAUGUCGGCUCACAGACCGCGACGUUGCCGACACUUGCUGAAACUUUCCAACAUUGGCCCAACGUCAGCUUGCUAGCUGGGUACCGUCUGAAACAGUCUAGACCACCGAAUGGUCCGUUUGAUAAUUGUUUUUGGGGGGCGUGUGUCACGCUUUUUUAUUAAUAUCAUCUCCUUUCGUCCAAAUUACUGUUUAUGCUAUUACAUAUUAUAUUUUUGUUAUGGAAAAAAAAUCUAAUUAUGAUGCACUUAUCAAUAUGAUAUCAAAACAGAUAUUUGAGAAAGUUCCCCUACACUUCCUUGGAAACUUCAAAAAUCCAUGUUGGUUACGGAACACGACGGAACUCAACUGUCUUCCCUACUUCUACGUGAUAGGGACAAGCAAGUGCGGAACGACAGAUAUCUGGGCGAAGAUCUUAUCUCAUCCUGAUGUCAUUAAUGUCCCAAAAGAACCACAUUGGUGGGGACCCCGUCGCCUUGGUUAUACUGGAACACCCAUUCAUAGGAAAGAGGUAUUGGCCAUGCGAAAGCUCACAGGAGGAGAGGAUGACAGCUCUUUUGAAUGGUAUCUUAAUCUAUACAAAUCUAUAGGAGUUCCGGAAAUAAUAAGCAACACUGUAACAGCAGCAAAAGGAAUUCCUUACUAUCAUAAAGUUUUUGGUGAUGCCUCAAUAUCUACUAGCUACACCAUUGGUUUGGAUUGGACUAAGAUCUUCCCAAACGCUCCGGAGCCCGUGUAUACCAAUGCCCAACUUCUCCGAGCAGUGCAACCUAAUGCAAAAAUCAUCCUUAUGCUUAGAGAUCCAACAGUAAGGGCAAUCUCAUAUUAUUGGUAUACCCACCAAAGAGGAAAUCUGGAAGAUUUCCACCAUCUCGCGGUCAAACAAAUUGGAUGUUUAAGAGACUGUCUUCAGAAACAUCCUAUUCGCUACUGUGCAUAUGCGGCAGCUUGUCCCUAUAGCGUAUUUCCUGGACUGAAAGGUGGACUCUACUCGGUGUUCGCUCGUGAUUGGAUUGAAGCUUUUUCACGUGAUGGAGUACUCGUCAUUCGAUUGGAGGAUUUGGAGACAAGCCCACGUUUUACUUAUAGAAAAAUCAUAAAAUUUCUCGACUUAGAACAACUGAGCGAAAAGAAAGAGAAUGAAACCAUCUACGCUCCAAAGAAGAACGUGAACAGAAUGGGGAAACGCAUUCUUCCAGAAACUAAGAAACUUUUGGACGAUUUUUACGCACCUUACAACAAGGAUAUGGCGCUUUUAAUGGAAGAUGACAAAUUCUUAUAUCCUGUAACAUAACAAUAUUAAUCACGUCUAUUUUUCCUUCAUGUAAUUUUAGGUGAAAAAUUGAACAAUGCUGCUGUGUCCAAUUUAUUCAUUUUCAACUAUUUUCUAUUAUUACUUUAUUUAGGGAAGAGAGCAAAAAAUAAUUAUAGCGUGAAACCUGCAUGGGGCAUGGUGGGAACGCUAGAGGCAUGGGGUAAUCCAAAUUGAUCCCCCACGCCGGAUCUAGCCAGCAUGACAUGACGAAAACAUCCCAUUAGAAACAGCACACCAGAUUUAAACACUGGUACUGAAGAUUUAAUCCUGUAAUCCUAAUACUUAAUACAAUUACUUCUAAAACCCCUCUUCUUUUGUGUUUCUGGUAAUACUAUAAUCCCCUCUAAGUAGUGUACUUAGCCAAACAGUUAUAUGCAAAUAAACUUGUGAUGUGGGGGUGGGCCCCCAUGCAUACAAUCAUUCCCUGUGUUUUCUUAAUUGGUGAAAUAAAAUGAACUACAUAAUUUGUAGGGAGGAUGUAAUGGACUUGAAUACCUUCAUUGAUUUGUCAUCAUCAUCAACCAAUAGAGCUAUUUACAACAGCAAAUCUUUUC